AGAUGGAGACCCACAUCUCGUGCCUGUUUCCCGAGCUGCUGGCCAUGAUCUUCGGCUACCUGGACGUACGGGACAAGGGGCGCGCGGCGCAGGUGUGCACGGCCUGGCGGGAUGCAGCCUACCACAAAUCGGUGUGGCGGGGGGUGGAGGCCAAGCUGCACCUGCGCCGGGCCAACCCGUCGCUGUUCCCCAGCCUGCAGGCCCGGGGCAUCCGCCGCGUACAGAUCCUGAGCCUCCGCCGCAGCCUUAGCUACGUGAUCCAGGGCAUGGCCAACAUUGAGAGCCUCAACCUCAGCGGCUGCUACAACCUUACCGACAACGGGUUAGGCCAUGCGUUUGUGCAGGAGAUUGGCUCCUUGCGCGCCCUCAACCUGAGCCUCUGCAAGCAGAUCACCGACAGCAGUCUGGGGCGUAUAGCGCAGUACCUCAAGGGUCUGGAAGUGCUGGAGCUGGGGGGCUGCAGCAACAUUACCAACACUGGCCUCUUGCUCAUCGCGUGGGGGCUGCAGCGCCUCAAGAGCCUUAACCUCCGCAGCUGCCGCCACCUUUCGGACGUGGGCAUCGGGCACCUGGCCGGCAUGACACGCAGCGCGGCAGAGGGCUGCCUGGGCCUGGAGCAGCUCACGCUACAGGACUGCCAGAAGCUCACAGAUCUUUCCCUAAAGCACAUAUCCCGGGGUCUGACGGGCCUACGGCUCCUCAACCUCAGCUUUUGUGGGGGCAUCUCGGACGCAGGCCUCCUGCACCUGUCGCACAUGGGCAGCCUGCGAAGCCUUAACCUGCGCUCCUGCGACAACAUCAGUGACACAGGUAUCAUGCAUCUGGCCAUGGGCAGCCUGCGCCUCUCGGGGCUAGAUGUGUCAUUCUGUGACAAGGUGGGGGACCAGAGUCUGGCUUACAUAGCCCAGGGGCUGGAUGGCCUCAAGUCCCUCUCCCUCUGCUCCUGCCACAUUAGUGAUGAUGGCAUCAACCGCAUGGUGCGGCAGAUGCACGGGCUGCGCACACUCAACAUUGGACAGUGUGUGCGCAUCACAGACAAGGGCCUGGAGCUGAUUGCUGAGCACCUAAGCCAGCUGACUGGCAUAGACCUGUACGGCUGUACACGCAUCACCAAGCGCGGCCUGGAGCGCAUCACGCAGCUGCCCUGCCUCAAGGUACUCAACCUGGGACUCUGGCAAAUGACAGACAGUGAGAAGGUCAGGUGAGGACGGCAGCACCUUGUCCCACCUGUUCAUCCCCUCUUCACCACCACCACCACCGUCCCCAUACACUCAUACAUAGAUCAUGUAUUGGCUGAGAUGGGGCAGUGACAGGAAGCCCAGGCUCCUUUUCUCCUCCACGGCGUCCCUCCCUACUACCAGCCCCUCCCUCUGCCUCUGGGGCACUUCUGUCCUGCUCUGCUCUCCCCUUCCCUGCUGGUGGAAAGAUGGAUUCUGCUGCUCACCCACCCAUUCCUCUGCAGGGGGAUGGGGACUGAUUCAGCCACCGACCCUGUGCCCACUGCCUCCCUCGAAUUUGGAAUUGGGGUGGGGGUGAUUGGUCCUUUCAACCCUGAGGAGCUGAGGGAAAUGGCUGCCUUCACUUAAGAUUUCAUUUGGAUACUGUGAUCUGGUUUUUAUUUCAAAAUUAUAAAAAAACACACCCAACCACAACCGCCUCUUCACCCUUCUUCCACUUGGUAACUAACCCCGUCUCUGCACACUUCUCUUUUUACAGUACUCUGCUAGUCAUGCUCAUUUCAUUUUUAUCUACUUUUUUUUUAAGAAAUUGGAAUUCAUGGUCCUUUUUUUUCUGCUGAAUAUAUUCUAUAUAUUCUAUAUAUAAAUUAUAUAUAUUAUAUAUAGACAUAUAUAUGUGUCUGGCUACCUCGUUUUAGUUUACUUUUUCUCUAAAGCCCUGGAAUUCUACAAGAGAGAUAUUUUAAGACUGAAACAUUUUUGUGCCUAGACUGGAAAGAUGCCCAUUGGGUUUGUGCACCGUUUUUUUAUUUUUGUUUUUUGGCUUCUUCCCAACCUCCAUCCACCCAGUGUGUCCCACUUCCACAUUCUGGUUACAGUUUUUUUUCUCCUUAUCCAUUGGGAUUAGGGGACCCAACCAUGUGUUUGAGUCUUGGCUUAAUUUAUAGCACAAAUACAGAGAAAUGAAAGUUGUACUGCUUUUUUUUGUUAAAGAUGCAGAUUGUGUCUUGAAGAUUAUUAUUAUAUAUGCAAAUUAUGCCCUAUCCUCACCUUCUUCCAAGUUUCCCCACAGAAAGGUCACAGAGUGAGGCUUCCUAUUGGAAGCACAGAGCAGAGUUGGCCUGCAGAGAGAGACCUUGGGGCUGUAAUGUGAAAAGGAAGAGACUGAAUCAUGUCUUACCUGUAUUCUGUUAAUAAAAUGGGAGUUUGUGGGUUUUAAAAAUUUGUUUCUAAAUGGAGGAAUAGAUGACUUUAUUUUGGUGGGGGUUGGGACUUGUGGCUUUAAAAAAAAUCGCUUUUGAGUAGGAUGUAUAUUUUUGUUGGAUUUUGUUUGUUUGUUUAUUUUUUUAGAAUCCUCCAGCUACAUGUGAGACCAUGGAGUUAAACCCAGAGACCUUUAUCAAUUAAUUGUACUGUUUGUGAAUUUGUAUAAAUAAUAACAAAGAUCCUCUUAAAACGUUUAUAUUCUUACAGUAAAAGGUUAAACUGAUAUUUAUAUAAUAAAAGAGGAAAUAUGAAGUAUGUUUUUGAAAAAAAAAGCACAAAAA